AUGAUAGCUUCACAUCUUUUGGCAUACUACUUCACUGAGUUACACCAUGACCAGGUGCAGAAAGUGGACAAAUACCUCUACCACCUGCGGCUCUCGGAUGAAAACCUAAUGGAUGUUUCCAUGCGGUUCCGGAGGGAAAUGGACCGGGGCCUUUGUAGGGACACCAACCCAACGGCGUCGGUCAAAAUGCUGCCCACCUUUGUGCGAUCUACCCCCGAUGGAACAGAAAAAGGUGACUUCUUGGCCUUGGACCUGGGUGGCACAAAUUUCCGCGUUCUGCUGGUGAAGGUUUCAGAAAAUGGGAAGCAGCGAGUGGAGAUGGAGAAUCAGAUAUACGCCAUCCCAGAGAACCUUAUGCGAGGCAGUGGCACAGAGCUCUUUGACCACAUCGCGGAUUGCCUGGCCAACUUCAUGGACAAACUUGGCAUCAAAGACCGCAAACUCCCACUUGGAUUCACCUUUUCCUUUCCCUGCCAGCAGAACAAACUGGACGAGAGUAUCCUGGUGUCAUGGACCAAGGGCUUCAAGUCGAGCGGCGUGGAGGGCAAAGACGUUGUCAACCUCCUACGGCAAGCCAUCAAAAGGCGAGGGGACUUUGACAUUGACAUCGUGGCCGUGAUCAACGAUACAGUUGGGACAAUGAUGACCUGCGGUUACGACGACCAUCACUGCGAGAUCGGCCUUAUUGUCGGCACGGGCACCAACGCAUGCUACAUGGAAGAAAUGCGACACCUGGAACUCGUGGAAGGCGACGAAGGGCGAAUGUGUGUGAACAUGGAGUGGGGGGCAUUUGGGGACGACGGCGCCCUCGACGACAUCCGGACAGACUUUGACCGCGAGAUAGACGCCGGCUCCCUGAACCCCGGAAAACAGCUGUUUGAGAAGAUGAUCAGUGGGAUGUAUAUGGGAGAACUUGUGCGCCUCAUUCUGGUGAAAAUGGCCAAAGACGGUCUUGUGUUUCAAGGUCACACAACCACUGACCUCUUAGCCACUGGACACUUUAAAACCAGUUACGUUUCUGCCAUCGAGAACAACAAGGACAAUGAAGGUCUAGCAAAUGCAGAACAGGUUCUGAGGGGUUUGGGACUGGAGCCCACCACAGAGGACUGUAUCAUCACUCGGCGGGUUUGUCAGAUUGUGUCCACUCGAGCCGCCCACCUCUGUGCCUCCACGCUAGCCGCGGUUCUACGGCAGAUCCGGGACAACAAGGCCGCCGAGCGGCUCCGAACCACCAUCGGAGUGGACGGAUCCGUUUACAAGAAUCACCCACAAUUCGCAAGGCGGCUGCAUAAGAUGGUGCGGCAACUGGUGCCAGACUGUGACGUGCGUUUCCUGCGCUCCGAGGACGGGAGCGGAAAAGGCGCUGCCAUGGUAACGGCCGUGGCAUACCGGUUAGCCACGCAGCAUGCAGAGCGUCAGCGUGUCCUGGACUCCCUGCGGCUCAGCAGAGAGCAGCUCUUGGAGGUGAAGAGCCGAAUGAUGAAGGAGAUGUGCAGGGGUCUGUCCAAGGAGACGCACUCCUCCGCCACCGUCAGAAUGCUGCCCACGUACGUCCGUGCCACUCCCGAUGGAACAGAGCGAGGAGAAUACUUGACUCUGGACCUUGGCGGAACAAACUUCAGAGUGCUCUUAGUUCGCAUACGCAAUGGAAAACGCCGCAGUGUGGAGAUGCACAAUAAAAUUUAUGCCAUCCCUCAGGACAUCAUGCAAGGAACAGGAGAGGAGCUGUUUGAUCACAUCGUUCACUGCAUCUCUGACUUUCUGGAAUAUAUGGGCAUGAAAGGGGCAACGUUACCAUUGGGGUUCACUUUCUCAUUCCCCUGCAAACAGAACCAACUGGAUCAGGGCAUCUUGUUGAAAUGGACCAAAGGCUUCAAAGCCUCUGGAUGCGAGGGGGAGGAUGUAGCCACGCUACUCAAAGAUGCCAUCCACCGACGAGAGGAGUUCGAUCUUGAUGUCAUCGCCGUGGUGAAUGACACCGUUGGGACUAUGAUGACCUGCGGCUAUGAGGACCCUCGGUGUGAAGUGGGGCUCAUUGUAGGUACAGGCACCAAUGCCUGUUACAUGGAGGAGAUGAGAAACGUGGAGCUCGUCGAAGGAGACGACGGCCUCAUGUGCGUAAACAUGGAAUGGGGAGCGUUCGGGGACAGCGGCGAGCUGGACGAUUUCCUCACCGAUUUCGACCGUGCGGUAGACGAACGCUCCACCAACCCCGGCAAACAGAUGUACGAGAAGAUGAUCAGUGGGAUGUACCUGGGAGAGAUUGUGAGAAACGUCUUGCUUGACUUCACCGCUAAGGGCCUUCUCUUCCGUGGGAAGCUCUCAGAACGACUGAAAACCCGCGGCAUCUUUGAGACCAAGUUCCUCUCUCAGAUCGAGAGUGAUCGUUUGGCUUUGAGGCAGGUACGGGCUAUUCUCCAGCACCUGGGUUUAACCACCAGCACUUGUGACGACAGUAUCCUGGUGAAAGAGGUGUGCAGCGUGGUGUCUCGCAGGGCAGCCCAGCUCUGCGGUGCCGGCCUGGCCGCGGUGGUGGACAAGAUCAGGCUGAACCGAAAUCUGCCGCACCUGAAGAUCACGGUGGGGGUAGACGGUACUCUCUACAAACUGCACCCGCAUUUCUCCACAAUCAUGCGCGAGACGUUGAGAGAACUGGCGCCGGAGUGCGACGUGACCCUUCUCCUGUCGGAGGACGGCAGCGGAAAGGGCGCGGCCCUCAUCACGGCCGUGGCCUGCAGAAUGAAGGACGCUCAGAAAAAGUGCUGA